AUGUUCAAUAUACCUACAGGAUCAUUGCCAGCUGACUGUAGCAAGCCCCAGAUUGAGGCGCGGAUCUACGGGGGCGUGGAGGUCACCCGGAACGGCGUACCCAGCGUGGUGGGCGUGCGGGGGCAAUUGCGGGGGUCGAAGGUGCUGUGCGGGGGGGUCCUCAUCACGCCCAAGCACGUCAUCACCUCCGCCCACUGUGUCUUCAUGCCCCUGUUCGCCUGGGUCGCCGCGGUCAUCCUGGGAGGUCACACACACGAGGACGGGGUUGAAGUUUUGAUCUCCUACAUCGCUAUUCAUCCGGACUUCGCCAUGGACGCUACCUUCGACGCCGACCUCGCUGUUUUGACCCUUGCCGCCGAGGUCACCGGGGGGAUUGGAGCUGCACCGGCCUGUAUCACCCCCCACGCACCCCCUGCCUACACCCCAGCCACGGUCUACGGCUGGGGGAGGCUGGGGUACACGAAGCCGCUGUCCGCUGUCCUCCGCCAAGCCGAUGUGAAAAUCCUGCCCCCCAAGUACUGCCGUGGCUUCGGGGGGAAUUUCACGAGUCGGAUGCUGUGCGCUGGGGACCUGGGGAGGGAUGCGUGUACUGGGGACUCCGGGGGGCCGCUCAUGGGGAAGGUGGAGGGGGAGGAGGGCAUGGUAGUGUUUGGCCUGGUGUCGUUCGGGCAUGGGUGUGGUAUGAAGGAGUUCCCGGGAGGGUAUACCAGCCUGGCGCCCUUCAGGGAGUGGAUCACUUCGGUGUUGUAUUAA